GUUUGGCAGCCCGUAUGUUACCUCUAUGAGCGCCCUAUAAGUUUAAUGUCAGUGUCAUCAGUCAUCAAUCAUUCGGACGUCAAGAUCAAGCUCGAUCAAGUCUCGGUCUUCAAGAUAUCAUAACACGAAGUGAUAGUGUAAUCGUCGAAAAUGUCUGAAGAAUCUCAAAUACGUGCGUUUUAUAAUGGCAAAAACUUUUUUAUUACUGGCGGCACGGGUUUUGUCGGGUUGUGCCUUAUUGAAAGGAUAUUGCGCAGUAUUCCUGAUGUUGGAAAGGUAUAUUUACUGAUGAGACCGAAGAAAGGCAAGGAGAUAUCACAGAGAUUGGAGGAAUUUCCGAAAAACCCGAUAUUCGAAAAACUGUUAGAAACAAACACGACUGAUAUAUUCAAUAAGUUAGUGCCGAUAUCUGGUGACGUGGGGGAAGAGAACCUUGGACUGAGCGCCCAGGACCGACAGACUCUGGUGGACAAUGUCAAUGUUGUUAUACAUUCCGCUGCCACUCUUGAUUUUCAGGAGAAUCUCAGGCCAACGGUCAACAUAAACCUUCUUGGUACUAGAAGAAUAAUGACACUAUGUAAAGAAAUUAAGAAUUUGAAGGUGAUGAUCCAUGUAUCCUCGGCGUAUGUGAACUCUUAUUUGACGGAAGCUCAUGAGAAGGUGUAUGAUGCUCCGGAAGAUGCUGAGAAAGUUAUCUCCUUGGUGGGCACACUUAGUGAUGAGGCGUUGGAUCAGAUUGAACCAAAAUUGUUGAAGGACCAUCCUAAUACAUACACAUUCACAAAACAUUUGGCAGAGCAUGAGGUGGUGAAGUGUGCUGACAAGUUUCCCUGCACUAUAGUCAGGCCUACCAUGAUUGUAGGCGCUUGGAAAGAGCCUGUACCAGGAUGGACCUGUUCCAAAGUGGGACCUCAGGGGUUCCUCAUGGGAGCCUCUAAAGGCGUAGUUCGCCGUCUACCGCUAGCCAAAGACAACAUAGCGGAUUACAUACCAGUGGAUGUGGUGGUCAAUGAGUUGCUAGUCGCUGGAUGGAAUGCAGCAAAGGCACCGUCCGGCCUCACAGUGUACCAUUGUUCGUCAUCCACUCAGAAACCAUUCGCGUGGUCCAUGCUAGAAUCAUCUAUAAACGGAAUGUUACACAAAUAUCCUCUAAAAAGUGCUGUGUGGUACCCUCAUCUCAAAUUAGUGCCAUCAUUGUUGAUGUUCAGGAUUUCGGCCAUCUUCAUACAUUUCUUCCCUGCUUUACUGCUGGACACGUUGCUUAGACUAACCGGCGGGAGGCCUAUAUUAUGGCGCCUUCACAAAAACGUGUGGAACUCUUUGAGUCGCCUCGAAAAGUUUAUAUUCAGCGAGUGGAAGUUCCACAACCCGAACACCAUGGACCUGGCGAAAAAACUCAACGACACCGACAAAGACAUAUUUUAUAUAGACAUCACUACUUUAUAUUGGGAGGAUUACUUCAAAAACUUACUUUUGGGCGUGAGGCGGUACCUGAACAACGAGAAGAGUACCAAUCUACAGUCGGCCAGGAACAAGGACUCUGUGCUCAUGGUGUUCCACAUUAUAUGGCAGAUGUUGGUGAUAGUGACGCUGUGGUACAGCGUGGCGGCGGGCGCGGGGCUGUCGCUGGUGCAGAGCGCGUGGGUCGCGCCCACGCUCUACAUGCUCUAUAGUUACUUGUAAACAUGUAUACACAAAUUCAACAACUAAUUGAACUUGUAAUGUUGGAUUUAAAAAUAACGGCCGUUUUCAAUACAAUCCCAAUCUUAAUCUACGAUCCGAUCUCGAGGAUAUACCUUAGACUUGAGAUCGUUCAUUGAAAACGGCGGUGCAUUAAUUCUACAAUAAUUUGUAAAGCUGAGUUUAGACUGGUUCUCGGAGUCUUAUAUUGCUAAGAACUUCUGUAUGUGCAUACAUUAGCGGGAAUAUUUAAAUAAUUCUAUACACAUGCAAGUCACCGACGUACUGCAAGCUUCAAAAGGUACACAUUAAUUCUUUUCUAACCGAAUUUCGGCUACGGUGGCCAAUCUCAACGGAGAUCAGUCACGUAUACAGGAAUUAUAGUGCACAAGUGUGUGCGCAGCACACAGGUGCAUUCUCUGUUCCUUCACUCUCAUAGUACGGUAAGACGGCAAUCUGACAUGACCGGAGAGCUAUCAGACGCAGGACCAACGGAAAGCCGUAUCACGUAAAGACGUGCUUUAAUUUUUUUUUAAUUAUUUCUUUUGUAAUUUUAAAUUACAGAAAUUAGGUUGCAGGUAUUGUUUAUAGGGUAAAAACUGACAAUGGAAGUCACCUGCAGGACUUGCUAAUCGAAACCUCGGUUAACAAAGUUAACAAGGUAGAAUUAUACAAAAAAAAAUUGUUCAAUUUAUAAGAUAUUUCGUGAAACGCAAAAUUUGUAUCGCGACACCGUCCUAUUCUAUUUUUAUUAGUCUUCGUCAUUAGUGUUACAUUAGGCGUCCAGGGAAAGUUUGGAACAGUGUAAAUGCUUAUCAGUAUUUAAUACAAGAUCUUAUAGAACCUCUA